AUGCCUUUUGAACUCAGCAAUCGUAGCGAUGGCCAGCUACGUGUUCCUGGGAUAAAUGGAAUCCCUUUAGAGCAUGAGUUACCCGUCGGUCAGCGUUUCGCAUAUGGGGUGGCUGACUGGCGGCGCGAUCCGCGGUUGACAAAGCCUGAAAUGUCGAUGCUUCAUUUCAUGGAGUAUGUCAUAGAACAGCCUGGCUGGGAAACUGCUAUCGAAUCGGAUGUGUUAAUAAUUGAACAAUGGCAUCAAAAGGCUUUUUGCACGUUCGAUCUAACCUCAAGGGCGUGGGAAUGGUGCCUGGCUGAGCUAAAAGAUAAAGCCCGGGAGUCCAAACGGACUGGAUAUGUUAUUGUCAAAGACGGCGACUCACCUGUUGCCAAAUCAGACAGAUUAGUGUCGUUGAGUCUCCUGCAAAAGUUACAAAAGGGAUUGCAACCACUGCUUGACGAUUGGACUCCGUCGUCUGAUGAAUCGGGCAAUUUCAGUCCGCUACGCCAUUUGGUGGAUCCCUCAUUGCAUCCCUUGGUGUAUGAGCGGACCCAUGUCCUUGUUGAUGGCGGACGACACUGGUUUGAUCCCGCUGGGCCCUCAGGUCUAACCAGUGUUCGAACAGUUCCGCGACCAAUAAAACCUCCUAGGAAUUCUUUUAGUUUAAACGCACUGAAAACUAACUAUAAGAACCCUUAUGGCCAUUACGACGAUCACCGAGGAGGAACAAAAGAAUCAUUCUUCUCCGACAUGUUCCAGUGGCUUCCUUGCGAGGUGGAAUUCCCAGAUGGACCGAGUCGUCCAAGGAUUACCUCUUACAUCAAUAACCUUCCCUGGGUUCAGGUUGGAGCAUACGAAGCCUUUGAAGAACUUCUUGCUCGUGUUAUUCCUCUCUGGAAUGAGGUAUUGGUCAUAGGAACGCAAGGGAGAAUGCCAAUGCGGAUCCGUACUUACGAUAUACCCGAUCGCCAUAGAGAGGAAACACUUCAGAAGCGGACUGACUUGCACGCGUUGUACCGUUCUCCAAGGUCAGACUUCACCAAUGAACAGUGGAGUGAGCUUUGUGCCCAAGUCAAGUCGUACCUUGCCCUCCCCGAAUAUGACAACCUGAAGGGCCUUCGUGUGACCAAUGCGCCAGACAAAUUCCCCGCCGAUAUUCUCGGCAGCAUGACGACUAAACAGUGGAAUUCGCCCAAAACUUUGAUCAAAGCUGUGGAGGAGAAGUUUCGCCGUAGGAAUAUUUAUGAGCUUCCCGAGCCAGGCGUUAGUUUCACAUACGAGGAAUGGAAGGGAGGGAAAUACACUGGUCGGCCGGUGAUGCCGCGUGUCAAUGUUUCUGAACCUGACGAGCCUUUUAACGCCAUGCCCGACCAUAAGUACUACAGCAUCAACCUGCCAGGUAUUGGGGAUGGUCUUCAGACCAUUUUCAAAGUGUCUAGCGUUGAUCUGACGCCAGAGAGACCUUCCUACGAGGGAGACUCGGACUUCCAAAUCGCCGGUAUGUUGAAUGAGCGGAUCGUAGCCACUGCUGUGUGCUACUAUGAUGUUGAGAACAUCGGAGGGGCCCGAAUCUCUUUUCAACAAGAGGCUCGCAUGAAUGAGUACGAGUUCAACUUGUUUGACCCGGAGAAGAUCGAGCUGGCUUGGGAUAUUCCACAUUGGGAUUACUGUGCGAGUCCGCCCACCUUCCCUCCGCAGGCCCUUCAGAAUCUCGGUUCCAUUGCCACCAUCAACAAUGGCCGAUUACUCGCCUGGCCCAACACAUUACGAUACAAGGUCGAACCAUUCUCGCUGGUUGAUUCCUCGAGACCGGGCCACCUUCGGUAUAUUACGAUUCACCUAGUCGAUCCUCACUACCGGAUCUGCUCGACCAGAAACGUCCCGCCUCAGCAGCAUGAUUGGUUGCCCAAGGCCGCAAGGGAGCCCCCUAAUUUUCCAAUAGGACUUCACCCGAAGACCUUGGAUACGAUACUUCAGCAGACAGAAGGCUUCCCCAUGACUGUACAGGAAGCCCUUGAGGUCCGGAAGGGGACAGAGUCGGAGAGAGAGAACGCCAUGGAGGAGUUGCGUAGUCGCAGUGGCACCGGGGACUACAUGUUUGAAGAUUUUCUAGUGAUCGCAACUGACGGUUUUCCUCCUAAAAAUUAG